UUUUCAAACAAGCCAGAAUUGCUAGGUUUGCAAAUCUUGCCGAUCCUGCUUUUAAUUUCACUGCAGUAAAUCGUUUUGGUCAUCUGCAUCACUGAUUCAUGUUUAAUUAUGGGCUUCUCUUUAGAGUUGUUUACAAAAAUGAGUAAACCACAAAUCAAGGAUUCAAAGUGCUAUAUUUGGGUCUCUCCCUUGCUUGUGUGAGACAGGUACUAGGUAUGUUCUUCUGCCAGACUUACCUCUAGCAUCCAGAGGGGGCACGAGGAACACAGCUGCCAAUAAUUCAGAGACAGACCAGGGAAAGUGGUGCCGUAACCUUGGCCAGUAAGUAACCAUCCAUAACCAAGUUAGAAGUGAAUUCAGGACAAGUGACUUGGUGAACGAGUACUAAUGGGGUAGGGGAGAGGGGGACUAGACUGACUGAAAUUUGAAAUCAGCAGAUGAAUACAACCAAGUGAGAGAGAAAGUUUGGUCAGCAUGUAGUGGGUGGACCUUCAGCUGAGGUGUUGACAAAGUCUUCACUGUCCAGACAGUUAUCCCCAUUCCCCUCCUAACCCUCUCACCUUCCAGUCUACCCCUCUUUACUUCAUCUUCACUCAGACUCAGUCUUACUAAACCCGUUUUAUAGGUGCUUCAGUCCACUGUGCUCCUACUCUCCUCCCAGGAACCAUGAUUCCCAACAGCAGUUUUGGCAGGCCCCUUGUCUUCAUUAUAGGCCUGUUGGUGGCCACUGUCAACACAGAGAAUAUUGACCUUGCACCAACUCUAAAUGGGGACAACCACGACAUGUCCGGGGGGGGGGCCUACGAUGUUGCCACAAAGGACCCUUUUCAGGACAUAACGGAGCGAGCCUUUACCUACGAGUAUGAGGACACAACAAACUCCCCGCCCGUGGAAGAUGAUGAGGGUGUUCUGGGCCCCGGGGCCAUCACAGCCAUCGUCAUCGCAGUGUUCCUGGGGGCCUCCGUCCUACUGGCCCUCAUUGUCAUCACACUCAGGAAGUUCACUGCCUCCUAGGCACUUAACAUCCUCUAUUUCUUCCUUCUUCUAAAUACUUUUCUUAUGUGCUUAAUUUCUCGAACUGCUCCUCUUUUCUUUUCUCUCUCCCUUGCUCCAACUUUCUAUAUCUCUUCAUCAAAUAACCAUUAGUAACCUCUGUCCAUAUAUCCAUAUCCUCCAUCUGAAUGCUGUGUGGAGGUGGCAGGUCCUUUUGGCCAAGAAUUGUUUCAUAAAGAGAUUCAGAUUAAUGUAAUUAUACUGUUUGGCACACUUGUCCACUAGUUAACAAUGGUGCUUACAUUUACAUUUAGCAGACGCUAUUAUCCAGAGCGACUUACAGCAAGUCCAGGGACAUUCCCCCCCGA